AUGACGAGCGGAAACACGUCACCGCCACUAGCCUCAGAUGACCGUGAUGUGAAGCUAGUAGCAAAGAAAGACAUCUGGGUUGAGAAUUCUCAAGAUGAAAGGCCCCCAGAUGCGAUGGCCAUUUUUCUCUCGUAUGAGCCUGAAUAUCGUCGACAGGUCGAAAAGCAACUCCUCCGGAAAAUCGACACUCGAAUUCUUCCACUGAUUGUGCUUAUCUACCUGUUCAAUUACCUUGACCGGAACUCGAUCACCCAAGCUCGCCUUUAUGGGCUGGAGAAAGAUACCGGUCUCAAGGGUGCGGAAUAUCAAACCGCCAUAUCCAUUUUUUCCGCUGGCUAUAUCCUGAUGCAGCUUCCUGCCACAAUUCUCAUGACAAAACUGCGACCAUCCAUCUUCCUCCCUUGUUGUAUCAUUGUCUGGGCGAUAGUGAGCGGGUGUACAUCUGCAGUCCACAAUACGCCUGGCCUGCUAAUGGUUCGAUUUUUCCUCGGAUUUGUGGAAGCCCCUUUCUUCCCAGGUGCAAUUUAUUUCCUCAGUUGCUGGUACAAAAAAAGAGAAAUUGGUAUUCGGAUGGCCCUUCUGGUUUGUGGCAUCCUUCUCUCAAAUGCCUUCGCCGGAUUGAUCUCGGCAGGAAUCCUCUCCGGAAUGGAAGGGGUUGGAAACUUGGCAGCGUGGCGAUGGCUAUUCAUUAUUGAAGGCCUUGCGACUCUUAUUCUUGGGGUAAUCGCCCUUUUUGUUCUCCCUGACUUCCCAGGUACAACCAAAUGGCUGAGCGAUGUGGAAAAGAUUGUUGGUCAGGCGCGCUUAGCAGUCGAUGCUGGAAGUGACGUCUUGCUUGAUGCCGAAAAAGUCCCUAUUUCACGCGGUUUAAUAUGGGCAACCAAAGACGUCAGAACGUGGCUUUUUGCCUGUUUACAGAUGUCAACCACGGCAUCAAUCUCAUACUCGCACUUCUUCCCCACCUUGAUUCAACAGCUCGGUUUCAAAAACAGCACCACUGUCCUGCUCCUUACCUCUCCACCAUAUCUCGUGGCAUUCUUCUGGUCUAUUUCAUGGGCUUGA